AUGGCCGCCGUCAUGCCUCCACCGCUGCAAGGCCCCACUUCCAAAGAGAAGAAGUACGACAGGCAGCUGCGCCUCUGGGCCGCCAGCGGCCAGCAAGCUCUGGAAGAUGCACAUAUCCUCCUCAUCAACUCUGGCCCGGGAGUUGUGGGCAUCGAGACGCUGAAGAACCUCGUCCUGCCUGGAAUCGGACAGUUUACCAUCCAGGACUCCGCCGUCGUCACCGAGACUGAUCUGGGCGCCAACUUUUUCCUUGAGGAGGAGCACCUAGGCGGCUUCCGCGCCCAACACACUUGCGAGUUGCUGAAGGAGCUGAACCCCGAUGUACAGGGUCACUACAUCACUGAGCCCAUUGAGUCCUGGAUUGGCCAGACGUCCUCACUCGACCAAUACACUCUCAUAAUCGUCACCGCACCUGUCCGGCCCGCAAUUCUAGAGCAGAUCAGUCUUCAUGCCGGAAAGACCAACACGCCGACCUUCUACCUCCACUGCGUCGGCUUCUAUGCCCACUUUUCCAUCCUCCUUCCUCCGGCUUUCCCCAUCGUCGAUACCCACCCUCCCGCUGAAUCCACCACAGAUCUUAGGCUGCUAGCGCCCUGGCCGGAACUCUUACAACUGGCUGCAGAGCACACAAACAACCUGGAAGCUCUAGACAACGAGGAUCAUGGCCACGUUCCGUACGUGUUGAUCCUGCUACACUUCUUGGAACAGUGGAAGCAGAGCCAUGACGGAAAGGCGCCGGUGAAACACAGCGAGAAAGUCGAAUUUAGGUCGUUGGUAUCGAGCGCGAUUCGGACAAACACCCCCGAGGGCGGAGAGGAGAACUUCAGUGAGGCGGUUGCUGCGGUGCUCAAGAGCUUGAACCCUCCCGAGGCGAGCAGUGCUGUUCGAGAAGUAUUCAAUGCCGACGAGUGCCAAAACCUCACGGCAACAUCCGCAAGCUUCUGGCUCAUUGCCCGUGCCAUUUCACUGUUCUACAACAAACAUGGCGUUCUUCCUCUACCUGGUUCUGUUCCAGAUAUGAAGGCCAAGUCUGCGGACUACAUAAAGUUGCAGAACGUUUAUAAGGCAAAAGCACGCGCCGACCUCGCUGAGGUUACUGAGACCGUCCGUGCCCUUGAGCAGCAGCUCGUGCGCACUCCCGACUCUGUGCCCGCUCAGGAAAUAGAGGCUUUCUGCAAAAAUGCCGGUCAUAUUAAGCUUGUGCGUGGAAGGCGUUUCCACGUCGUCCCCGGGGCUGAUGGUAACGUCACAUGGGGCGAGCGAGCAAGGAGCCUCGCUGGCUAUGGUGGUUUGCAGAACGCGGAUUCUCUGUUCCUCCUCUAUGUGGCUUUCCUGGCAUGGGACAAGUUUGUCGGCUCACAUGAACAAGAUGGUCUCUUCGGAGCUCCCAGAGUCCCCGGCGCUAUUGAUGCGGAGGUGGACUCGGAUGCAGAGAAGGUGUUCGGAAUCGCGAAGGCCAUCGUAGAUGGUCUUCUGCAGGAGGCAGGUACCUCCAUCGAAGAUGAAGCCGAGUACAGUGAGAUACAGGAUACUGUACGAAAGUACGCCGCUGAGCUGACUCGUGCUGGUGGAGCCGAACUCCACAACAUGGCUGCUCUGGCUGGUGGAAUGGUAUCGCAAGAGGUCAUCAAAGUCGUGACGAAGCAGUAUAUUCCGGUUGACAAUACUUGCCUCUUCGAUGGGGUCCGAAGCAAGAGCGCGGUUGUCCGCGUAUAA